GUAAGCCUGCCAUCCGCGCCUGAUGGGUCUACCAGACCAGUGUCAGCAUCAAAAGAGAAGCACAAUGAGCAGCAGCAACAAAUUGCCCGUCACGCCAAUACCGCAACCCCGGUGGACGACCACCUCCCGCCAGCCCCGCCCGCGUCUCACUUGGCGCCUGAUUCUCUGCAGCGCUUCCUGUCUCUACAUGCUCUACGCCCUCUAUUGCAUCAUUUAUGGCUUACCAGUCCUUGCCUCUCCACUGCCGUCCUAUACCGGCCCCCAUGGCGUCGGUGCGAUCGAUCUAGAAGUGCCUUUACCGGGCGGGCCUCGACGCGUGGCUGAGGCGGUUCACAAGGCCACCGGACAACCGGUCUUUGACGUCGAGACGCUUCUGGCCACGGUCUACUACCCGACCGACCGGCAAUUCCGGUCGCGCAAGCCCCGGUACCCCUGGAUUCCGCGGCCCAUCAGCCUCACUGCCCAGGGCUACGCCCGCCUGGCCGGGGUCGACAACCUCCUCAUCCGAUCCAUUUUCACCGGGGUCCUGUGGGCGGUAGGAGGCGCCGUGGCCAUCCCCGCCGAGGUCGACGCUCCGCUUCUUCCCCGUCAUUAUAGUAAUAAUACCACCGAUGCUUUCCCCGUCACCGUCUUCUCCCACGGCGAUGUCAGCUCGCGCACCGAUUACACCCAGUUCCUCGCUGAACUUGCCAGUCGUGGCCACGUCAUCAUCGCCAUGGAACACCGCGACGGGAGCGGGCCCGGAUCCCUGGUCAAGUCGUCCGCCAGCUCCCCGGGUCGUCCGGUCCCGCCGCUCCGUCUCUCCGAUAUACAGUCCCCACCAGGGUUACCGACCGAUUUCGACCGGGACGACUUCAAACGCGCCCAGCUGGCCUUCCGCGACGCCGAAUUUCAUGCCGCCGUCGACCUCCUACACGCCAUCAACAACGGCACCCCGAUCCUCAAUACCCGGGACCCCGUCUUCACCCUCCCCUCUUGGACCGGCCGCCUCAACAUGACCCAUCUCACCCUGGCUGGUCACUCCUUUGGCGCCACUGGCGCCCUGCAAGCCCUCACCACCACGCGCUCCACCUCCCCCGCGGCAGGAGUGAUCCUCGAUCCGGGCAAGUCCAGCGGUCCCCUCAACCCCAAUGUCACCGUGCCCAUCCUGGUCGUGCACUCCAACUCGUGGUCCCGCACCGUCAGUCCCUUCUACAACCGCCCGCACUUUGACACCGUCCGCGACCUCGUCCGCGCGGUCCCCGCCCCGUCCUGGUUCCUCACGAGCAUCGGGACGGCACAUCCCAGCAUCACCGAUGCGCCGCUCCUCGAGCCGUGGCUUUUCAGUUGGACCACUGGCGCCACCCUGAACGUGCAGGAAGCUCUGCGGGAAUAUGUUCGAGUAACGGAUGACUUCUUCCAUUUUGUGCGCGAGGGUGAAGAACGCGGUAUAUUGGGCGAGAAAGCAACCCACCAUCAGUACGAUGAGUGGGUGAGUCCGGAGCGGCAAAGGGAGUUCCCGCCGGGUUUGGCGAGACUUUGGCAGGUCCAUGUUACGCCCGUCAAUCAGACGCGGCCUAUGGAGUGUCCUGUAGAGCUUUAAUGUGGCUGGAUAUAUGCCAGGCUUGGCGAGGGUUUAAGCUGCAAACCAUGUGACCAUGGCCACGCACAAUCAGGUUUACCAUCACUAGUUAGCGCGCUUGUUACAAACAUUAGACUAGAAGACAAGCAAGAAAAUAUCACAGAGUAAGUCACGC